GUCAUUACUUUUUCUCUAUAUUGCCCAGCCCUAGUGUAACAUCUGAUAUAUUUUGCUCUGGCUGCUAACAAUAAAUAUGAUCUUAUGGUUUGUGGUUGUGGCUGCACACUAGAAAACAUCUUUAGUUGCUAGAGCCUUCUGAAAACGUGUCCACACACGGGGAUGGGACAGUCACAUCCUGUUUAAGAUCAUAAUGGGUCUCAUGUGGAAGGAUUAUAUAAUACAAAUCAAGCCUGUGGCGGAGAAUGACUUAUGCUUGCUUGCAUGAUGUUCUUAGAGAGACCAAUAACCAGGCUGUAAGUGCUUGAAAAUAGGUUUUUCUCUCAUGCAGAAGCUAACAAAGCAGACGUUGUGGGUUGAUGAUUUUCCGAUACUUCUGUUCACGUUGUAGAAGUUAUCAAAUGUGUAUUAAGAUUGACAAUGAUAACCACUGUGUUGCUUGUCUAAUAUUAUACUAAUAAAUAAAACAUGAAAAAAAGCAAAUGUGAACACCUUUAGUACUGCCACACAGUGUCUGCAGUGGAUUUCCCCCAAAGUGGCUCAGCUGUCUACAAUAACAAACGCUCCUGCUCUAAUGCGCGCUCCCUAAAGUCGCGGGAGUGCGCACCUAACUUGCUGUAGCCAUGGCUACAGUGAAGACUUUAAAGUACAAUCACCGUGCCAUGGAUUAAAGCCACAUCUUCGCUUCACCCUGUUCUUUAAAAACACACCAGCUGUUAUUAUCGACCAGGACCGAGUGUGACAGGUUGACCGGAGGAUUUUAUUUUAUUAACUGGAAUCCGUUUUGCUCCGAUAGUGCUGUAAGCUAGGAGUUUUACUAAAGUCGUCUUUUCUUGAAGUUGUCCACAUCUACUUUUCGGCAUGCUUUACAAACCGAUUCAAAGAACAGCCGGGGGAAUAAUUCGUCAAGAUGAAUGUCUUCUUACACUUCCGAAGUUGUUCAAGACUUGACAGCGCUAUCUGAAACCUGCAAAGGGAAAGUCUGGGUGCAGAGCAUCAUCCAGCUGGGGAGGGCGAGUCGAGAUGUUUACACCUUGUGAUUUUCUGGAGAAACACUAGCCCCACCGCCGCCAUGCCGUAGACAACCCGCCGGCUGUUCAGAUGAAGCCUAACGGGGACUCGAGCAGGAAGGGAGCGGGGUGGCUUUAACCGAGGGGCGGAGGAUGUACUGGGCUGCUGGCUUCGCCUCUUCCCGGCCGUGUGUGGUAGAACUCGGGCGGAAUCACAGCCUUCCCCUCGGGCUGUGCGGCUCCGAGCAGCAGCAGUCUUUGUAUGGCUAUAUCAUCGCCUUCCCUUUACAGGACUACGGGGGCAUUAUGUCUGCUCUGGGAUCGGAAUCUUGGUGGAAGAAGACUCUGUACAUCACCGGGGGGGCCCUGCUUGCUGCUGCAGCCUACCUACUGCACGAACUGCUCGCCAUCAGGAAGGAGCAGGAGUUGGACUCUAAAGACGCCAUCAUCCUGCAUCAGUUCUCCAGGCCUAAGAACGGCGUGCCCAGCCUCUCACCUUUCUGCCUCAAAAUCGAGACGUACCUGCGCAUGGUGGACCUGCCCUACCAGAACUACUUUGAUGGGAAGCUGUCGCCGCAGGGGAAGAUGCCCUGGAUCGAGUACAACCACGAGCGGGCUUCAGGGUCAGAGUUCAUCGUAGACUUCCUGGAAGAGAAGCUGGGUGUCAACCUCAACAAUAACCUCACACCGCAGGAAAGAGCCGUGUCCCGAGCCAUCACCAAAAUGGUCGAGGAACACCUGUACUGGACAAUAGCCUACUGCCAGUGGGUGGACAACCUGGAGGAAACCCAGAAGCUUCUUGCGAUGAGCGGUCCCCUGAGCGACACCCUGAAGUGGCUCCUGAGCCACCUGAACGGCAGCAUGGUGCGCAGGGAGAUGUACGGCCAUGGCAUCGGACGCUUCUCUAAAGAGGAGGUCUACGCUCUGAUGGAGAAGGACAUGAGGACGCUGGCCACACUGCUGGGAGAAAAGAAGUACUUUAUGGGUUCUAAGAUGUCGACGUUAGAUGCUACAGUGUUUGGGCAUUUAGCCCAGGCUAUGUGGACUCUGCCCGGGUCCCGGCUGGAGCAACUCAUCAAAGGAGAGUUGAUCAACCUGGCCAUGUUCUGCGAGCGGAUGCGAAGGAGGUUCUGGCCCGAGUGGUUUGUGGAUGUGGAGGAUCUUUACUAUGAUGGAGAGAGUGAGAGCAGUGGCAGCGGCGGCGGCGGCUCCCCCACAGGCUUUGGCGUCUUCUCCAGGACUGACACGCUGGACGACAGCGACGCCAGCAGCCACUCGGCGGGACACACACACUCCCCCGACUCUGACCGCUCGCUCUAUGACUCGGACGUGGGCACGGGAUCUGAGAAUGACAUUCAGCUGAAGGAGGAGUUAAUUCCCGACCUGGAGGUCUGA